CAAAUAUACUUUCAUUUGAUUUUAUGGUUGUUCCCAAUCAAAAAAUGAACUUUUUCAUGUUUCCUCUCACGAUGGUGUUUCGCGUAGCAAAUCCAACAGCAAUCAAAGAGUUACCCUCAAUCCUACAUGUUUCCUUCUUUCUUGUUGGAUGCAGCAACUAAUUUCGAGUGAAGAGCUGAAAGAUACUUUUUUCACACAGGAGAGCGAAAGAUUAUUGGUAGUUACUACGUUCUGUGCAUAACGCAGCACACUGCAUGCUGGCUGUAGCCGACGCGGCUUAAACGCAAGCUCUUUGCAGCGACUCAAACUUUUCCUCGUUUGCUGCUGCGCUCAUUCGGCCCGUGGCUCAAUCAGUCGUCGUCGGUUACUUGAAUAGUUCGGAAGUUAUGCGCUCGCGAAUAACAAGCUAAUCACUGUUACCAGUUUUUUCGCUCCGAAAUAGGACCGCACCGUGUUCCAAGUAGGGGUAGUUGAAAAACAAGUUGUAUUGCAAGACGAAUCGGUGACACCAAACUCUAUGUACGAAAAUUACAUAAUUUUUCCAAUCAUAUCGGUGUGCUAAGGUAAUCUUUGCGGUUACUGAAUGGCUUCAAUGUGAUAAUUGUUGGUCAUUGAAGUGCGUUCAAUAGGUGGUGAAUAGUCGUCGUUAUAGUCCUGCACUAAGUUUUUAUUUAAAUGUUGAAUAACAAUUAUAACUAAGUCGAACAAAGUAUAUUUGCUGAUAUAUUCAAAUCUAACAAUGAAAUAAAUGCAAGCGUUUGUGUGAAAAUCUUGAAACAAAGAAGUAAAGUGCCAAAAAAGAGCGUUUAGUAUCAUCGAUGUAAUAAUACUUCAAGUGAAAGCAACAUGUGAAAGCAGAAACUCACCUCUUUGCUCUCCACUACCAUAGCAGCAAAAAGCAGUUGUUUACAUUUUGCACUGAAGCUUUAAUUUAUUUGCCGUAGCUGCCAUAUCGAGUUUUCUUUCGCAUUUGACCACGAAGCCGGGUAGACGACCAGUGAAGCAAUUUUUAAGGAAAAAUUGCUUAAACGAAAAAGUCAAAGAUAAAAAGUAUCAACACUGACGUUCGUUUCCCGCCCUUUACACACGAUCGCACCCAAGUAAGGGAUGAAAGUCAGGUUUGUUUGCGUGCCUACAUAAAUGAGUGGCACUUCGCACAGUAGACACACGUCGUUUGAAGUGAUCAUAUUAAUCGCCGUUUCAUCGAGGAUACCCCGGGCUACCUAGACCAGCCUAUAAAUGAUGAUAGUGGCAAAAGCUUUGCUGGUCUGCUGUUUCACGCUCUUCGCCGAACUCAGUUUGAUUGAAGCACUCGAGAACAACUUGUUCAUUAACGAUCUUUUGGAGGAACGCAAGCACUACGAGGCUGCACAAAAAUCUAUUGCUGAGUGGAGAAGUACACUGACAAGAAACAGGAAAAAACGAGCUGACAAAGUUGCCUGCUAUGGAGAUCUUGGCUGCUUCGAAGAAACCGCAUAUCUGGAGAUGCUUCCAUCGCCGCCGGAGGAAAUCAAUACAAAAUUCUUCGUGUAUUCGGCAAAGCACAGGAGUGAAAAACCCAUACUAGAAUUUUUCUACGACGAGAUCGCAAAAAUUAGCAACGGUACAACACCAGCACCAACCCCUAAAACUACAAAUGUAACCGCACCGAUCAAACACCGCUACAAUCCGGAUAAAAUUUACGAAAAGUUUGGCAAUAUGGAAAAUGUUACGGCCCGUGCAAUCAUUCAUGGUUUCGGAUCCAGCUGCACACAUGUGUGGGUUUAUGAGAUGAGGACUGCGCUGAUGGCCGUGGAAGAUUGCAUUGUUUUAUGCAUGGACUGGGAAAAUGGAGCUACUCUACCGAACUACGUUCGAGCGGCAGCAAACACGCGUCUUGUCGGGAGGCAAUUAGCUUACGUGUUGAAGGGGCUAGAAACGCACAAUAAAUUAAACAUGUCUCGAGUUCAUUUAAUCGGUUUCAGCUUAGGAUCACAUGUUGCCGGUUAUGCUGGAGCUGAGUUAAAAGGUUUACAUAGAAUCACUGGUCUUGAUCCAGCAGGACCACUGUUUGAGUCACAGCAUCCACAAGCUCGACUGGAUGACACGGAUGCUGGAUUCGUUGACGUGAUUCAUUCCAAUGGAGAGAACUUAAUUCUUGGUGGAUUAGGUUCCUGGCAACCAAUGGGAGCGGUGGAUUUUUAUCCCAAUGGAGGAAGAGUACAGCAUGGCUGUUCAAAUUUGUUCGUUGGAGCUGUAACUGAUAUUAUUUGGGCACCUCCAGCAUCUGUGGAAGGCCGAUCACUGUGCAACCACCGACGAGCUUACAAAUUUUUCAUAGACUCAGUUGCACCCAAGUGUCUGUUUCCUGCAUUUCCCUGUGAUAACUACGAAAACUUCCUAAAAGGAGAUUGUUUCUCUUGCAACCGAGUACAAAAUGGAAGCGAAACAUCCGUCUGUGGUAACAUGGGUUACUAUGCUGAUCGAUCGAUUGGCCGUGGCCAAUUAUACCUUAAAACACGGGAGGAGGAGCCAUUUUGUGCACAUCAAUACAAGUUGCAGAUACAGAGCGCCCCAAACGAAUUACCGCUUCGAACUCUGGGGAGACUGGAAGUUGAGCUUGAGAGUGACGGUGGAUUAACUGAAGUAUUUACUAUAACCGAAAAGGACGAUGCAGAAAUGUUUGCUGGUGAAAUGAUCUCACAAAUACUUGUACCACAUCCGGCAUUAGGUUUUCCGAAAAACAUCACUCUAACCUAUAUGGCAUACAAAGGAUGGCUGACAAGAGGUCUGUCAUCGUGGAGCAUCAGCAAAAUCAUACUGAGUGAUGGUUUCGGAAAAAGCUUUUCAAUUUGUAAGCAAAUGCAUUUGGACUCCAACACACCAUUAUAUAUGACACUGUUGCCUGGUGAGUGCGAAGCAGAUGACGACUACAUUCACAGUUCAGGGGACGAUGACCAAUCGACAGAUGCUCCAGCGGACAGUGACGAAGUCGACCCUUAUGAAGAUCAUUCGAAAGGCCAAAGUAACGAACGGAAUGAUGUUGAUCCUCCCACUCAUAUACAGCACAAUUUCCGUAGUAAAGGGAAUGCUGAUCAUGAGAAAAAUAUCGACUUUCAACCGUGGCAGCCAAUAGUUAUUGAUUUACCGCGUAGUUAUCGAAACAUUGGAGCGAAUUCAUCGUAUCCAAUAUACGUUACACCAAUCACUACUCUGCCGACGACAUCACCUUCCACGACUGUACAAAAUAUUAUCAGUGAACCCGUUUUAAAGAGAGGCCAGCACAAACCGAGAAAGUUACAGAACAAAACAAAUGAUCGCAGCAACGACAAACGAUCAAUUGAGGCUCCAAUAACCACAAAAAUUACUACAGUUGCACCUCCUGAAAACAAAAUGAUUACUGUACAACUGUUUCCUUACCGAUUUGCUAACGUGUUUGAAAAGGCUGAAAGAUAUGCGAGACUUACUUUAUUACCAUUGCUAACGGAACAGUUUCCACAGUUUUUCAAAUCGAAGACCGACGAUGGGGAAUUAAUAGAAUUUGACAAUAUCGAAUUCAACCAAACGGAACCAGUUCCAACGAUUUACAAAACCAACAAAACUGAGCGAUCGAUGACAAUCAAUCGACGAUCAGGUUAUGAAUCAGCCACGGCCAGCGAAUCCUUUGACGAGCAAAGGAGCUUGAAAGAAGAUGAUAUAAUUGAUGCUCUACCACCGAGCACACGCAAAGCAUUUAUCAGCGAAGAUUUACUAUUUAGAAUGCACCGAAUAGAAGAAACUAGUGGGACAGCAACCCCUACUGAAACCAUCCAGGAUGGUCAGGACGAUCCUAUUAGAAUUGACUUGCCAACGUUUCGACCCCCAAAAAUGUUGCCGCUGGGCGAGCAGCAACCGCAAACGCGGUUCAUUCCACUUAACUACGAUGAAGCAAAAGAUAGGGAAGAAACGACAAUCAGAAGUAACAUGCUGGGUGAUACAAAACCAAAUGAUAGCAAAAGCUGAAGGAGAGAGAAAGAUAUGACAGUAUUCGAUAAUGUGUAAUUAGAGCUAAGAGUUGAACUAUGAUUUAGUUAUUGCAAUUAUACGCACUACAGUUUUUCUAAA